AUGACACAAGCGGAAGAGAACUUCAUUCUCGACGAAUUCCAAGGCUAUCCGAUGUUUCGCGAAGACGAGAUCCGAGGUAGGAGAACAAUGGGAAAUAUAAUGCGAACCAUGGGUUCGGACGAUAACGACGAUUCCGAUGUCGGCCGAUUUGACAGUUAUUGGGACUCGAGCGCGCGAAAAAAAUCCGAAACUUACUUCACGAAUGAGCAAGUUGAUAAAGUCCUCGAAGAAGCGUUUCGGGAUGAGCCGUUUGCCGAGGAGUCCACGGGAACGGUCCGUAAUAACGUCGGAGAGAGCCUGAUAGCCAAACAUGCGCAUGAUGGAAGCAUACCGCUGAGCAUUAUUGAGAACGAACGGAAUGGAAAUCCGUAUCAGAGAGAUAUUGUCGAAAAUGAACUUGUCGAGUCGCCAUUUUCUGAUAUGGACACUGGCAUGAAGAUAGGACGGAAAUUUAGACAUAAAGUUGUUUAG